AUGAUAUCAUAUGAAUUCCAAACUCAUCUACCGAAAGGAAAAGAUAGCUCAUUGAACGCUUCAUCCGAAAACAAAGAAUUGUAUGUACAAGCCACGCACUUUAAUAACACAAUUCUAUUGCAAAUCAGACUAAAUGGGGAAAUGGAUUCCACCUAUGAGGUAUCUUCAAAAGGACUAAACCCAAUUCUCGAUAUCAACGUACCACUGGCAGGAAACCUAGGAAACACGGGUGGCGAUUAUGACGAUGAGGAAGAAGAAUUUGUAAGAGACCAUUUAUCUGAUUAUCAAGUGGUUACCAAGUUGGGAGAUAGUGCCGAUCCUAAAGUACCCGUGGUAUGCGUACAGAUUGCCGAACUAUAUAGGAGAGUUAUUCUACCAGAAGUGAGCGGUACGAUGGCCCAAGACAACAUGCAAUUCAGCUUGCUGAUAUCCAUGAGCAGUAAGAUAUGGAGAGCAACGAAGGAACAAAGCGCUGACGAUAAUGAUUUUGGCAAAUUAGUUUUUGUGUUAAAGUGUAUCAAAGAUAUGUAUGCAAAGUGA